AUGGAACAUCCCAAGGACUUCCGCUCGACGGUGCUGCAAGCUCCCCUGCGGCAACCCGGCGGCGGAGAUGACGGCGAGCGUCGGCGAGACUACGACUACGACUACGACCAACGCGACCGCGACCGCGACCACCAUAAUGGGGAGAGCCGACGCCACCGCCACGACCUAAGCUCUAUUAUUGCACCACCGCCCUCGCAGUCGUCGGCACCGCCAUCGCGACACGCCAGCUUCAGUCUACGGUCGCCUCCCCGGUCCGAGUUCCAACAUGCUCACCACACGCAGACCCAUGGCCACACCCACUCCCAAGGGCAAGGGCAGGGACACGGACAACACGUACACGGACACGGGCAUUACUCGUCGCCUCAGACACCGAGUGACAACCAAGCAGCAGCCGCAGCAGCAACAGCGACAACAAAUCCCUUUGGGGGGGCGUCCUCAGCGACAUCGUCGUCAGGCCCUCUCCAGGGUCCUCCGCUGUCGCCACUUCAUCCUCCCAGUGGUGCAUACUACCCUCCUCCCGAAUCCAAGCCGAAGCCGGCUACAAGUAGUUACUACGACCCAUUGACGGACUCCACGAGGGAGAGGAAGGUGUCGGAUGCGGGUUCUCGAUAUGCUGCGUCGAGUCAGCCAUCGCCUCCCAAGCCUCGCGACCCCUACAAUUAUUCGCAGCCCCCACCGCCAGCUGACCAUCAACAAACCCAGAAUCAUUCGUACUACACCAACGGGAACUACACCUCGCCGGUGUCGGCCGCUUCGACCUUUGUUCCCCGCAGCCCCCAUUCACACUCGCACGCGCGUCCGACUGCACAGGGCUCUCUCAGUCCUUCGAACAGACCACAGAUUUCUCAUUUGGCUUCUCCUAGCACGAGACACACGGCCUCUCCCGGAAUACGUCACGUGUCGUCCAAUACUACAACGCCUCAUGUGUUGCCCCAAAUGUCACACGCCCAUACCGAUUCGCCGCUGAAGGCCCCUGCGCCUCCUCCCCCCUCGUCCAGCAGUCGUGCGGCCGAUCCCAUGUCCUUCUCCAAUAUCCUGUCUAACUCCGAACCUGUGACCCAGCCACCGCGGAAACCAUCACCUCCUCCGGUUCAAGAGAAAGCCUCCGAACCUGAACCUGAGCUGGCUCCCGAGCCGGCCCCUGAGCCGGCGGUCAAGCGACGCCGCGAGGUUGAUACCGAGACAGAACCGGACCCCGAGCCUACACCCCGAAUUUCGGUUGCCAAGGCGAAAAAGGCAAAGGCAGAUAAACAGGACCGCGAAGACACACCUGUGGUCAAGGAAAAGAAGAAGGCGCCCCGGAAAUCCAAGUCCCGAGCUUCCGACAUUCGGGGUGCAGAAGCCACGCCCAAGAACAGCCGUCGUGUGUCUACUGCCAACGCCGCCAGAGACACGCCCACCCCACGUGUGCCUGUCAAGCGCCAGGUCAAUGGCCAGCCCAAGCAGAAGGUGCUCCCGGCCGACAAGGAAAAGAGAGUCUUGGCCCUGAUGGCCCAACUCGAUGCCGAGGUUGACGGGUUGGACGAGUCGGAUCUGCAUCGCGAGGAGGCCUACUUUUACCAGCGUAGCCAGAAGCGCCGUCGCAUCAUGCAGGAAGCGGAGACGCGACAGAACGCCAAGAGACGCGACUACGUUGCUGAGCACAUCUUCGGGCUGCGCUUGGCCGCACACGCCGAUCUGUCCAAGCGACGAUACGACGAGAUUCACUUCGAGGAGGCCCUGCAGGAGGUCCGGGAGCGUGAGGUCCACGCCGAGAAGGAGCGGAAGAAGGAUAUGCAGAGAAAAAGACGCCGCGAGAAGUCCAUGGCCGUUACUAUCGAGGCGAAGAACGCCGCUCUGGAGAAGGCACGGCUCGCCGAGGACGAGAGCGAAAAGGCCCGUUACCUCCGCGACGCGGAACGUGCCAGCAAGAAGGCGCAACAGACCAAGCUCAUACUCCAGAAGGGCAUCAAGGGUCCCGCCCGCAACAUCGACCUUAACCUCGAAGGGGGCACCAUGUCCACUUUCCAGGCCUCCGAUAUGGAGCCCGGCGUCACCACUCCCUCGGGUACCAAGACCAAGGGCAAGGGCCGCAGUGGCACCCGUCCCAAGAAGUCUAAGGAACAGAAGCAGGCCGAGAAGGAAUCCGCCGAGGCCGCCCAAGCCGCAUUGGACGCUGGCGAGGAACUGCCCAGCAAGGAGGAGUCCAAGAUCCGCAUCAAGAUCAGCAAGUCCAAGUCGAAGGACAAGGACAGCAAAGACAAGGACAAGGACAAGGACAAGGACAAGGAGAAAGACAAGGACAAAGAUAAGGAUCGUAAGGACAAGAACGCCGCCGAGGGUGACAAGGAGAACAAGCAGCCGAAAGAACCCAAAGAGAAGGAAAAGGAAAAGAAGGUCGAGGAGCCGCCCAGCAACGAGGCCCGAUUCCUGACCAAGGGCUACAACCAGAUUUACGACCAGAUCUGGCGGGACCUGGCCCGGAAGGACUCGUAUCAGAUCAAAUCGUCGAACCUUAAGAAGACGGCCAUUCUCGCAUCCAAGGAGGCCAAGCGUUGGCAACUACGCACCAACAAGGGCACGAAGGACCAGCAGGCCCGUGCCAAGCGCCGUAACGAACGGGAAGAGCGCGACCUGCGCAAGGCCGCCGAGAAGCAGGAGCUGGAGAACGCCCGCAAGGAAGAGGCCGACCGCGAAGCCGCGCGCCAGAAGAGGAAGCUCAACUUCCUCAUCUCGCAGACGGAGCUGUACUCGCACUUCAUCGGCAAGAAGAUCAGGACGGCCGAGGUUGAGCGGAGCACCGAUAACCCCGAAAUCGCCGCCGAGAACACGCAAGAGACCGAGCGGAACCGCCAGCUCGACGUCCAGGAACCGACCGGGGUCGGCGGGAGGGUGACCAAUUUUGAGAACCUCGACUUUGACGCCGAGGACGAAACGGCGCUGCGCGAGGCGGCCAUGGCCAACGCCCAGAACGCCAUUGCCGAGGCCCAGAGGAAGGCGCGCGAGUUCAACAACAACAACGACGCCGACUUGGACGAGGAAGGCGAGAUGAACUUCCAGAACCCGACCGGCCUCGGCGAGGUCGACAUUGAGCAGCCCAAGCUUAUCAACGCCCAGCUCAAGGAGUACCAGCUCAAGGGCCUGAACUGGCUCGCCAACCUGUACGAGCAAGGCAUCAACGGCAUCCUCGCCGACGAGAUGGGUCUCGGCAAGACGGUCCAGUCCAUCUCCGUCAUGGCGUAUCUGGCCGAGAAGUACGACAUUUGGGGCCCCUUCCUGGUGGUGGCCCCAGCCUCAACCCUGCACAACUGGGAGCAGGAAAUCCGCAAGUUCGUCCCCGAAUUCAAGAUCCUGCCAUACUGGGGAUCGGCCGGCGACCGCAAGGUGCUCCGCAAGUUCUGGGACCGGAAGCACACGACGUACCGGAAGGACGCGUCGUUUCACGUCUGCGUCACAUCGUACCAGCUGGUAGUGUCGGACGUGGCCUACUUCCAGAAGAUGCGGUGGCAGUACAUGAUCCUCGACGAGGCCCAGGCCAUCAAGAGCUCGCAGAGCUCGCGGUGGAAAAGCCUGCUCAAUUUCCACUGCCGCAAUCGCCUGCUCCUCACGGGUACGCCCAUCCAGAACAACAUGCAAGAGCUGUGGGCACUUCUCCACUUCAUCAUGCCGUCCCUGUUCGACUCGCACGACGAGUUCAGCGAGUGGUUCUCCAAGGACAUCGAGUCGCACGCGCAGAGCAACACGAAGCUCAACGAGGAUCAGCUCAAGAGGCUGCACAUGAUCCUCAAGCCUUUCAUGCUGCGUCGCGUGAAGAAGCACGUGCAGAAGGAACUCGGCGACAAGAUUGAAAAGGACGUCUUCUGCGACCUGACGUACCGACAGAGGGCGUAUUACAGCAACCUGCGGAACCAGAUCAGUAUCAUGGAUCUUAUCGAAAAGGCCACGACGGGAGACGACAACGACUCUGGCACGCUGAUGAACCUCGUCAUGCAGUUCCGGAAGGUAUGCAACCACCCGGACUUGUUCGAGCGCGCCGACACCACGUCGCCAUUUUCCUUCGGCUAUUUCGCCGAGACGGCCUCGUUCGUGCGCGAAGGCAACAAUGUCACUGUCGGCUACUCGACCCGCAACCUGAUCGAAUUCGAGCUGCCACGCCUCGUGUGGCAGGAAGGCGGUCGACUAUACCGGGCCGGCAAUGACAAUGACAAGGCCGGGUGGCGGGGUAAGUACAUGCAACACCUGCUCAACGUCUGGUCUCCGGACAACGUCCAAGAGAGCACGGCAGGCACGGGAGCCUUCUCAUGGCUGCGCUUCGCCGAUAGCAGCGCCGCCGAAGUCUACAAGGCGGGUCACCAGGACAUAUUCGCGCGGUCGGUAUCCCUGGCCCAGGACAAGCAACGGCCUCUCGGACGUUUUGGCGUCGUAUAUGACGAGCCGGGGGAUCAGGGCUACACGCCAGCACACGCGUUGCUGCAGAUCACGGCCCGGAACGAUAAGCAGGCCUUGGCCGAGGUUACGGAACAGGGCGUCCUUGCGCACCUCAUGAGAGUGUCGCGGGAGAAGUAUGACGACUCGGGUCUCGGCCGUCUCGAGUUGGCGGCACGACCUAGGGCUUCGGCGCCGCCGAUCGAAGUCAGCUGCCGCAGUCAGGGCACCAAGAGAGAACUCGACAACAUCUUGUUCAAUAUCCCGAUGCGUAAGGCGCUCUUCGGCCCCACGCCGGUGGAGGAGAGGGCGCUCGUGAUGCAGAAGGUGGCACGGGAGCAGUACCCCCCGGCGGCGAUGCUGCCUGCUCCGGACAACGAGAGGACGAAGCUCACCAACAUCGUGGUACCGUCUAUGCGACGGUUCGUGACGGACAGCGGCAAGCUGGCGGUGCUGGACCGGCUGUUGUUCAAGCUCAAGAACGAGGGACACCGCGUGCUGCUGUACUUCCAGAUGACGCGCAUGAUCGAUCUGAUGGAGGAGUACUUGACGUACCGCAACUACAAGUACUGCCGGCUCGACGGGUCGACCAAGCUCGAGGACCGCCGAGAUACGGUGCACGACUUCCAGACACGGCCGGACAUCUUCGUCUUCCUGCUGUCGACGCGUGCGGGCGGCUUGGGCAUCAACCUGACGUCGGCCGACACGGUCAUCUUCUACGACUCGGAUUGGAACCCGACGAUCGAUUCGCAGGCCAUGGACCGAGCUCACCGACUGGGACAGACGAGACAAGUGACGGUGUACCGGUUGAUCACGCGUGGGACGAUCGAGGAGCGGAUCCGCAAACGCGCGCUGCAGAAGGAGGAAGUGCAGCGGGUGGUCAUCCAGGGCGGAGGCGCCAGUGUGGACUUUUCGGGCCGGCGGGCGCCGGAGAACCGCAACCGCGACAUUGCCAUGUGGCUCGCCGACGACGAACAGGCCGAGAUGAUCGAACGGCGCGAGAAGGAGCUCUUGGAAAGCGGCGAGUACGACAAGCAGCUGAAGAAGAAGGGUGGCAAGCGCAAACGCACGGGCGGCGAAGGCGGUGUCAGCCUGGACGACAUGUAUCACGAAGGCGAAGGUCAUUUUGACGACAAGGGCGCCUCGGGCACCGCCACGCCAGUGGUAGAACUAGACGGCAAGGGGCCAAAGAAGCGACGCACCACGGCGACUGGCGGGAAGAAGGCCAAGACCCUGAAGCAGCGGCUGGCCGUGGCCGAUGGCGAGAUGGGUUGA